AUUUAUUUUUACUUAUCCAGCACUCCAAAUUAAACUCACACAAAAUCUUUAUCUCUUUUUCUCUCCCUUUGCGUUUCCCCUUUUAUCUUCGAUCUCCGUUCGUGUCUUCUAUUCAAUCAAAUGGGUCCACUCGUGCUCAGCCAAUUGGCAACCGGUUUAAGUGUCCUAGCCGGAGCGGUUCUCGUUAAAUCGGUCAUGGACCAAAAACCUAUGGCCGGUCCAUUUCCUCGAUGUCCCAGUUGCAACGGAACCGGUCGAGUCCCUUGCCUCUGUUCCCGCUGGUCAGACGGUGAUGUCGGUUGUAGUACUUGUGCCGGUUCGGGUCGGAUGGGUUGCAGCAGUUGUGGUGGGUCCGGAACCGGUCGACCCUUACCUGCCAGAAUCGCAAUUCGGCCUUCGAACCGCCCUUCUUAGUUGACCGGUUCGGUUUGGAGUUUGUUCUCAUCGUAGCUCCGGUUAGCGUUAGUAACAUUUUAUACUUGUUUUUUAUUUUUAUUUUUUUUUACCUUCACAUCCCUUAUUAAUCAAUCAUAUAGGUAUUUGUGUAAUAUAAAGUGCAAAUUUGUCACUUGAAAUAGAGAGGAAAAGGGAUAUUGUUGUAAUUAAAUUACUGUAAGUGAGAUUCUUGAUCAUCACCAUAUAAUUUUAAUUAAUCCUAUUUAGACUCUCUUCAGCAAAGACUUUGA